AUGUUUGCUUCUGCACAGGACUUUUUGUUGUACUGGGUGAGACAGCGCGCUGUCAUCGCCGCACUCCGCAGUGCCCUUGUCAAUAACAACAACUACACAUAUUCGAAUAUCUUGCGUGGGCGCGAAGCUCUGAUUAUCAUCGUCAUGACGGGCGCCUGCAUUGUCCAGGUGCUGCGGUGGGUGCAGGUGUGGCUGUUGCUUGCAUCUGACUUCUUGGCGCAUGCCACAGCGACAGCGGCAGCAGCACAGCUCCAAGUUCGAUCCGAUGAUAUUCAGGUUUUGAUAUGUCCCGUUCCGACCUUUUAUGAUUUGGCGUUUCCGAUUUGCACUAUAUACGACGAGAGCAAUUACGUUUCUACUCCUCCCGCCGAACCUUCUGCGACCUCUACUUCUUCGAUAGCGGCUGCAGCGCAGUCUGCUCCACCGCCAGCAGCACAAGACACCGAUGUCAACGACGACUCGCCUCUCGAUAACGCCAAUUUUCUCUCCUUCGAAGACUGGAAAAAGCAGAAUCUUGCCAAAAUUGGCCAGUCUGCUGACAACGUCGGCGGCAAGCGACAGGGUAGCGAUAUUGGACAGGAGCGUCGGGCGCAGAUUAGACCGAUAAACAACGCUCUGGAUUCGCUUGGAGACGAUGCAGAAAUUGAGCUGAAUUUCGAUGGCUUUGGUUCCGAGUCUGCUCAGCCUACACCCUGGGAAAGUGGAAGUCCCAAUGAAAAUACAAAUGUCCAGGGGGAACCUAGCGCCGACGAUGAUUCUGCCGAUGGCGUCUCUACCGUAGGCCGGCGAAAGGACGCUGGCACAACGUGCAAAGAACGGUUCAACUAUGCAUCGUUUGAUUGCGCUGCGACAGUACUCAAAACAAACCCUGAAUGUUCGGGGUCAUCCUCUAUCCUCAUCGAGAAUAAGGAUAGCUACAUGCUGAACGAGUGUCGCGCAAAGGAUAAAUUCCUUAUCCUUGAGUUAUGCGACGACAUCCUGGUUGACACAGUUGUCCUUGCCAACUACGAAUUCUUCAGCUCUAUUUUUCGCACGUUCAGAGUUAGUGUCUCUGAUCGAUAUCCCGUCAAAGCAGACAAAUGGAGGGAACUUGGAAUAUUUGAAGCCAAGAAUACUCGAGCGGUCCAGGCCUUUGCGGUGGAGAAUCCAUUGAUAUGGGCUCGUUAUCUGAAGAUUGAAUUCCUCACGCAUUAUGGUAGUGAAUUCUACUGCCCUCUUAGCCUUGUUCGAGUGCAUGGUACGACUAUGCUGGAGGAGUAUAAGAACGAGGGAGACUCGAGUCGGUCUGAUGAGGAGAUCACGGAGACUGCCGAAGAGGUCGGAAGGCCUGUAGAAGUUGAACAGCAAUUACCUGUGCAAGAGCAGAAGACAUUCGAUAACUCUACAGUUGUCAGUCCGGUUUUGGAAACUCUGGAGAAUACUAGUCCGCUGAAUGCCAGUGUACUGGAAUUGGCGGCUUUGGAAUUCUCUAUACUGGAGACAGCGACAUGUGCUGCGGACUAUUCUGCAAUUGAGGCGCAUGAUAUCCCCAAUCAGACGAACCCGAAGACUACGGUGUCUGCUUCUGGAAGUGCAAAUACUACAGUUGCGACGCCAUCUGAUUCUAAAGCAACUUCAGAACGUGAAAAGAUGACCAACAGUGAAACCCACAUGGCCUCGCGGUCCGAGAGCCAGGAUGGAACAGUGCGUGGUUCAAGCGCCAACUCGUCAACAACCAGGACAUCGGGGGCAUCUGGAGAAGAUUCUACCUCUACCAUGGAACCUACGAAAGUGACAUCUUCUGCCCCUCCGUCACCGAACCCCACUACGCAGGAAUCGUUCUUCAAAUCGGUUAAUAAACGGCUACAAAUGCUGGAGUCCAACUCAUCGUUGUCGUUACUCUACAUUGAAGAACAGUCACGAAUGCUUAGGGAUGCCUUUAGCAAAGUGGAAAAGCGUCAAAUGGCCAAGAUGAAUACGUUUCUGGAGGAGUUGAACACGACGGUUAUUGAUGAGAUUAGAAAUCUCCAUCUCGUCUAUCAGUCGCUGCGCACUAUUGUUCUGGAUGACUUUGAGCACCAGCAGCGGGAGGUCUCUACAGCUGCCUCUCAGCUUGCAAUUCUUACGAAUGAACUCGUGUUUCAGAAACGCAUGACUGCGUUAUCUAGUGUUCUGAUCAUGAUCCUGUUCGCAUUAAUCCUUUUACCCCGUGGGUCGGGAACUGUAGGCGGCAUCGAUUUUCAUAGCAUGAUUCCAUGGUCUCCACGCCCAGGAUCGUCUGCGAAGGUAUCGAGGAUACCGAGCACUGGCCCAUCUAGUCCAAGUCUAGAAUCAGAGACUGCAACGCCGCCUUCUGUUAGUCCGUCCAAGAAGAAAACUCACCGACGACAAUGUUCGAAUGCCCUAGGCCACAAAUCAAUCAAAGAUCUCCGCGAAUGUACCAAUCCAUUGGCCCAUUCAUCUGAGGAAGACCCUCAGUUCACUGGAUACGACGACAAUGGCUGUUUUCGCUCCAUGUCUGAAUUUUCUGAUUCGGAUAUAAACAAAAUUCCUUACACGCCUUUCUCGUCGGAUAUUCGACAUAUGCUCGGUUACGAUUCUGUACGAAUGGGGCCACAAACCAACGUGGCGAAAGAUACAACCUCAUCGUCCCCUAGUGCCUCGCCUUUGCCGGACUUGGCUCAGGAUCGACCUGUUAGCAGUCCACCAGUACUGAACGGGGCUAGUCUUGCGCCAAACGGCGGUCAUGUUAACAAAGAUGACCUGCGAGACGACGAGAGUGAUUCAGAAUCAGACAUUGAUGCUGGGACAGAACCUUUUCCGCCCUUUCCUACAGAUCAAUGA